CUGAGUGCACGGUGAGAGGCAGAGACGGAUGGAGAGCUGACGAGGAGCCAGACGAGUGUCAACGGUGGUUCAGGAUUUUAACCACAUAGAGAGGUGCAAGGACUCCCUGUACAUGGGGACACCCCCACGCGGGUUCACCGACACCAAACUGAAGAGGAUCUGCCAACGUUACGCAGACCGACCUCGCUAUGUGACCCUGUACGACCCACAAAAGCGGAUUCCAGUUUACUCAGCGUACACCUUCAAGAAAACCGAGGGAGACAGACGUGUGGACUACCCUUGGAUGUACGAGCCACAGCUGGCAGAAGUCGAUGGGAAUGGAAACAUGCAGCCCUUCCCCACUGGCUACCUGCACAUGAAGUUCGAGGACAGCCAGGCAGUCUUGGAUGACUACUCUGACGUGGUCCUGUAUGAGAGAGGCCAUCUGAACCCGGACCAGCACCAGUCCACGCCCCACGACCGCGCCGCCACCUACACGCUGACCAACGUGGUCCCGGAGAUCCGCGAGUUCAACAUCGGGCCUUGGCGUGAGUACGAGGAGCGGAUCCGGGUCCGCCUCAACAACUUCUGCCGAGGCACGGCCUACAUCGUGACCGGAGUGACCACCAGGGGCAACAUGAUCCGCCGAAACAACCAGGACCGCGUGGCCAUCCCCGAAGACGUGUGGUCCGCUUACUGCUGCACUGAAUACGACCGCAACGCGCCGCACGAUGUACGCAUCCGCUUCCCGACCUACGGAGUCUUGGCCAAAAACGCCAAAGAGGGCAACAGCGUGCACGAGAUGCCGCUCCAGGAACUUGAGAUCUUUCUGAAAAGUAAUUUGGAUGUUGACCAGAACCUUCAGAUCUUCUACGACAACUGCAUCUCUCCCUCACCCCUCCCUCUUUACCUCCAACAUACUAUCUGAGAGCUUAAAACUCCUCUGUGUGCACGAGGUUUUUCUAAAUUCAAAAUUAUCUUGCAGCUCUGUGUGGGAGGUUAUGCAAAUUGGCUCAUUCAAUAAAAUAUCGUAA